ACCACACGUGAUCUCAAGUUCAGUGUUGAGGAUACAUUCGACAUGGAGGGGUGUGUAGCAGUGGUAGUGCUUGCAGUUGUGUUCGGCUGCGUGUCGACAGGAUAUGUGGGAAACGACGUGUGGAUGAGAUACUCGGCACCAGGGGGCGCUGACCAGGAAUGGGCAUAUGUAGAUGUGCGUCCUGGGGCCCAUAUGUUUUACUGGCUGUACCGAACUACCUCUCCCUCUGCCAAUGCUCCGCUUGUCAUGUGGCUACAGGGAGGCCCAGGUGGAUCAUCCACUGGUUUUGGCAAUUUUGAGGAGAUUGGGCCCUUAGAUGUCCAGCAGCAGCCAAGGAACACAUCCUGGCUGUCAGCAGCUAACCUGCUGUUUGUCGACAAUCCUGUUGGCACCGGCUUCAGCUAUGUUGACAACGACGACGCCUACACCACCGACGUUCAGAUGAUAGCUGCAGAUCUCCUCACCACAUUCCAGGCCUUCCUCAAGAAGGCACCCGAGUUUCAGAGCGUGCCCUUCUAUGUGUUCACGGAGUCCUAUGGUGGGAAGAUGACAUCUGCCUUUGCCCAGGUCCUUUACAAGGCUAUCCAGUCCAAAUCUGUGACAUGUGACUUCCGUGGCGUUGCCCUCGGAGACUCCUGGAUCUCCCCGAUCGACUCGGUUCUUGCCUGGGGACCAUACCUCUACACAAAUUCCCUGGUGGACCAGAAGGGGCUGGCAGCGGUGAAGAAGGCAGCACAGGAGACAGCGGUCCUGGUUCAUCAAGGCCAGUGGGUCAAUGCCACAGUGCAAUGGGGCAUAACAGAGGACGUUGUGGAGAAAGUCACUAAUGGCGUCAACUUCUACAACAUCCUUGACUGGGCUGGCAGUGAGCAGCUGAGGGUGGCAGACAGACAGGAUCUCACAUAUAUCGAAAAGUUAUAUGCACGCCAUGUUGCGCCACUCCAAGCCAUGACACUGGACCAGCUGAUGAAUGGACCUGUGAGGGAGAAACUGAAGAUUAUCCCGAGGAAUGUUACUUGGGGAGGUCAGUCGGGAAUGGUGUUUGUGAAACAGAGGGGAUCUCUUUUCAAUCUUGUUCCAGUGGAGUAUCUGGUGAAUGAAACCCCACUUAAGGUGGUAGUGUACAGUGGACAAUUGGACCUCAUUGUGGAGACACUAGGCACAGAGGCAUGGGUGUAUCGACUGAAGAUUGCUGACAUGUUCAGAGAGGCCACUAGGAAACCUAUCUUGACUAAAGGAGUCACCAACGGUUUUGUGAAGACUGCCAAAAACUUUUCAUUUUACUGGAUACUGAAGGCUGGUCACAUGGUUCCUGCAGACAAUGGAGAAACUGCUCUACUGAUGAUGAGACAGAUCACAGGACAAAGCUGAGACCUUCACUGCUGAGCUACAGCAUACAUUCCACAUUUUUUGCAAUCUUAUCUUUGACUGAAGCAAGUAGAAAUCCUUCAUUUAGAUUUGGAAGCCUGUUUAUCGCACCAUUGUUUUGUUGUUGAUAUUGUCAAAGCACACGGCUUACAUUGUCUUGAACAUCUGAUACUUCAAAUUACCCAGGCAACUAAUCCAAACCAGCAGCACUCUCCCCAUAGCCACUAUUCAUGCUAUGUAUAUAUGUAAUAUAGAAAAAUAAAGAUAUUUUCACAUAACAGUUUAUCAAUGUUUCAUCCAUUUUCAAGGUUCAGGGACAGAAUGGUCUGCAUUUACAUCACUUUAUUUAUGACAAGUUUAUAGCGUUGAAAGCCACACUCAGCAACAUUUGUUUACUUAUUUCGAUGAAAUAGUGUCCAAACCAGAUAAUUCAGUGUCAGAUAUUGUGACAAACAUUUGACAAAAUCGGGGUCAAAAAACACCUAAUCAACCAAGUCUCGUGACCAGCAUAGGUUAGAUUGUAAACCCAAGUCCCAACACAGUUCAUCUCAAGUGCCCAAAGAAAUUGGGUUCUUAAAAGUGUGUGCAGAUCAUGUUUGAGGCAAUGAACCACUAGUUUCAAUAACAUGUCAGUGUGCAGCAUAAACACUAAGUUUGCAGUGAGUUUUUGUGAUCAGGCACAAAUGGUUCAUUGGUUUUCUUAUUUACAGUACCAAGUCAUAUGGUAUUGUGUGUAGGGAUCUAAUAUUAAUUUUCUACUUGUCCACAAAAUAUGCAGCAGAGAUGCCAUCUGCCUCACUGCACAGAGCAUAAUUGUGAAUCGCUGCACUCUAUAAAUGCAUGUAUUAUUACCUGUUGAUGAAAGUAACAGUUCCCAAAGAAAUACUACAAGUCCUUCCUGAAUUUUA